GUCAAAAAGAGAAGAAUAUCCCCUUCCUCUUCCUGGGUCAGACCAAGCAAGCGAGUUAGAGGGGGCAGAGUGGAAGACCCUGGUAAGUCAUCCAAGAAUAAAUGCGGGUUGGCAUCUCCAGGCUUGUGUGAGGAGGAAGCCCGCUGGGGCACUGCCCUCAGGAAGAGCCCCUGUUCCGACCCCUGGUGAUGACUCGGGCAGGAUGGAUGAGACCCGGAGACACCGUGCCGUACGGCGCAUGGAAUAUUAAGGCCUGCCAGCCCCACCGUGUGCGAUAUUCCUGCCAGGCCCGAAGCAGAGCCCUGUAAACGCCGGGAUAUAAUGGACAAUAAAAGUCGCUGGAAAAUACCCGUGCCCUGUGAGGCUGGCAUGCAGGAUGGCCGGACAGCCCAGCCACAUGCCCCACGGAGGGAGCCCGAACAGCCUCUGCCACACCCCAGGGCCUGCACACCCCUCUGACCCACAGAGGCACCCAAAUACCCUGUCUUUUCGCUGCUCGCUGGCCGACUUCCAGAUCGAGAAGAAGAUAGGCCGAGGACAGUUCAGCGAGGUGUACAAGGCCACCUGCCUGCUGGACAGGAAGACGGUGGCUCUGAAGAAGGUGCAGAUAUUUGAGAUGAUGGAUGCCAAAGCCAGGCAGGACUGCGUCAAGGAGAUUGGCCUCUUGAAGCAACUGAACCAUCCCAACAUCAUCAAGUACUUGGACUCGUUUAUUGAGGACAACGAGCUGAACAUCGUACUGGAGCUGGCCGACGCGGGGGACCUCUCCCAGAUGAUCAAGUACUUCAAGAAGCAGAAGCGGCUCAUCCCCGAGAGGACGGUGUGGAAGUACUUCGCCCAGCUGUGCAGCGCCGUGGAGCACAUGCACUCUCGCCGCGUCAUGCACCGAGACAUCAAGCCUGCCAACGUGUUCAUCACGGCCACGGGUGUCGUGAAGCUUGGUGACCUCGGCCUGGGUCGCUUCUUCAGCUCCGAGACCACCGCAGCCCACUCCCUAGUGGGGACGCCUUACUACAUGUCACCGGAGAGGAUCCACGAGAACGGCUACAACUUCAAGUCUGACAUCUGGUCUCUGGGCUGUCUGCUGUAUGAGAUGGCAGCUCUCCAGAGCCCCUUCUAUGGAGAUAAAAUGAACCUCUUCUCCCUCUGCCAGAAGAUCGAGCAAUGUGACUACCCGCCUCUCCCUGGAGAACAUUACUCUGAGAAGUUACGGGAACUGGUCGGCAUGUGCAUCUACCCCGACCCCAACCAGAGGCCCGACAUCGGAUACGUGCACCAGGUCGCCAAACAGAUGCACGCGUGGACGUCCAGCACCUGAACGCGGACGCAGCGCGCCUUCUCGGAGCCGCGGCACUCGGCCUCGAGUCUUCUCUCCACAGCGGCCACCCAGUACCUGGAUCCACUAAGACAAGAGGGUUCAGCGGGCUCCCGGAGGGCGCCGGGCCUGCCGGCAGAUGCUGAAUGUGGAGCAGCUGGGGGAGGGGCACUGCUCACAGGUCCGCUGGUGGUCACAUUCGAAAGUCCUUUCUUUAAACUGUUUGUGGACAAUCUCAGCUGGGUUGUUGCCAAGGGUGGGUGGUUCGGCGAGCCACCGGCGCACCCCUUGCAUCUGGAUUGUAAUGUGAAUCUUUAGGAUACUUCCUUCAGUGACCUGUCAAGGUUUAUAAGAACAGGAGAAUUGCAGGAGACUGUGUGAUUUGUAGUGAGCCUUUCAAAAUGGUUAGUAGCAAGUUCAGUUUAGCUCUUAGAAUCUUUAAAAAAAAAAAUCAAGCUGUGUGCUUGCUCUGUUGUAAAGGAUAAAAUGGAAAUAAUUUUUUAAAGUAGAGCGGAGAUUUUCCUAAUAUUUCUAUCUACGUUUAUAACUUGAUGAAUGACGAUGAGGAGAACCCAGCAUCUGACAGAGUUUCAGAAGGCAAACAGUAUUUUGAGAGCCGUGUGUGUCUUCCGCGCCCGGCUCAGCCCUCCUCUCCUGACACCUGCCCUGGGCCAGGCACCUCAGGCGCUCCCUCCAUCUCCCGCUGGAAGGCCGGCAGUUCAUUUAACGAUCAGUGUUAAGCAUUCCCCUCUGUGGGAAGGAAGCACAGGAUACAAAAAACAGAAAUAGAAAACAGGCCCUCAGGCUGUUCUCUGUACACGUUCUGGUUCUGCAACUGCCUACCAUGCCCCUGAGCAACCCUCGUAGCCUCUCUGAGCCUUAGUUUCCUCAUCUGUAAAAUGGGACUAAUAGUAUCUAUCUUCAGCCUUGCUGGCAGAAUUGGAAAUAAAAUAGACAAGUUACCUAGCACAUUGGAGAUGACCCAAAAAUGGUAGCCACUCCGCCACCCCUUCAAAAAACUGAAGUCCAUGGACCAUGUAAGUCAAGAGUUAACGUACAACCGUAUUAUGUGUAGGAAACCAGAACUAUGUUCAUUUAUUUCUUGUUCCCAGAUAGGAUUAACUGUGAAGACUAAUUUAUAAAUGUGAACUUAAGGAAAACUCAAGCUCUGAAGGAAAUAGUUUGAAUUUUGCUUUUCUACUCAAGUUAAUCCUCAAAUGGUCUAAGUUGUCACCCGUCGACUUGGUGACCAUUCAGCCCUCCAGAUAGAGACAUGCCCGCCCACUCCGUCAGCGUUCUGAUCAGGUGUUCUGAUUGCAGCCUACUUGCUGACCAAGGGCCCAGGCCUCCCUGGGGAUAAAGGACUUGGGCUGGGCCACUGCUCUGUUCCCAUGUGUGAACUCUGUUCUACUGUAACCCUGUCGGGUUUGAGACAUUUUCUUCAGAUGCAGCCUUUGCUUUGUACUUCGUUCUCCAUAUCUGAAAUAAAAUGGGGUAAGAGGGGUCA